AUGGCGCCAUCCCGCCCUGACUGUACAGCGAACGCACUCCUCCUGAGCACGGCAUCUCCAAGACCACACCCACGCCCCCACGACCGCCCGGGCACGGCAUCUGCAAGACCACACCCACGCUCCCACGACCGCCCGCCAGGUGCCCAGCAUGUGCAGAUUCAUGGUCAGCCAGCGACACAGGCCACCGUCCGCCCAGCUCACGAGACGCAGGUGUACAAAGGCAAGGACGAGAUCCUCCUCUCUGAGCUGAUCCUCCAUCCCUCCCACUCGAUCCUGACCCAGUCGUUCGACUCGCGCCUCCGCCUGGACCGCCGGCGGCCUCACAACGGCGAUGGCUUCGGCAUCGGCUACUACACCUCGCCCUCGCUCGGCCCCGAGCCCUGUGUGUUCACGUCCACCAUCCCCGCGUGGAACUGCAUCAACCUGUCGCGCAUCGCCUCCAAGACGACGUCCUCGCUCCUCUUCGCACACGUGCGUGCCACCACCGAAGGCAACCUGUCCGAGCAGAACUGCCACCCCUUCUCCCACAAGCGCCUCCUGUUCAUGCACAACGGCGGCAUCGGCUGCUUCAAGCAGAUCAAGCGGCGCCUGGCCAUGAGCCUGAACGAGCAGUGGUUCACUCUCGUGCAGGGCUCCACCGACUCCGAGUGGGCCUUUGCCCUGUUCCUGGACUCGCUGGACAAGGCAGGCAUCUCGCCAGACGCCGAGCCCGGAAAGGGCGGGUUUGGACACUCGGUGCUGCGCAAGGCCAUGUUGACGACGAUUGACCGCAUCAACGGCUUCAUACGCGACGUGGUAGGCGAGGAGAACAUGGGCAACGAAGACAGCCGCAGUCUGCUCAACUUUGCCGUCACGGAUGGCGAGAGCGUCGUGUGCACACGUUACGUGAGCUCCACCACCGACGAAGCCUCGAGCUUGUUCUUCUCGAGCGGCACAAGCUGGAAGCAGCAGAAGACCGACCACGGCUCCCACGGCGGAAGAUCCGACGCCGAAGACGAAGACAGCAACUACGUCAUGGAGCGACGCGACAAGGGCUCCGACAUUGUUCUGGUUGCCAGCGAGCCGCUCACGUUCGAGCGCGACAACUGGGUCACCGUCCCCACCAACAGCACCCUCACCAUCUCCAAGCAGACCGUCAUGAUCCACCCCAUCAUCGACAGCUUCUACUCGCCGAACCCCGCGCACGAGCGCUCCGCCGGCUUCGCCCAGGCCAAAGGGCAGACAGUGACCGGCCCUGACAAGCGCGUCUUGACUGACACAAAGACGCCAGGCAGCGGUGCCGAUAGCCCGCACGGCAGUCUCGACGCCGACGAGCUGGUCAGUGGCGCGAUUAGACGACUGAGGGUGCAGUAG